AUGGGGCACUAUUCCCCCCACUGACACCAACAAUGGGGCACUAUUCCCCCCACUGACCCCAACAAUGGGGCACUAUUCCUCUCACUAUGACACCAAUGAUGGGGCACUAUUCCUCCUACUGACACCAAUGAUGAGAACUAUUCCUCCCAAUGGCACCAACAAUGGGGCGCUAUUCCUCCCCCUAAUCUCAAAGAUAGGGCAUUGUUCACACUCACUGAUGCCAGGACAUUUUCUUCUCCCACUU